AUGAUCAUGAAGCUGAUAGUAACCGGUAUCGCCGCCCUCAGCAUGGCAAUGCCAGCUACAGCACAAAAUAUGUCCUACGGAGCCGACAACUUCUACCGCAGCAACAAUGUGUCUAUUCAACCAAUCAGCUUUCAAACCCAAUACCAGACUACCGUUGCGGGAAACCUGUUCUAUCUCAAAGAUGAAUCUCAAAGUACCACUAGACCCGCCGUUGUAGUCGGCCACCCCAUGGGUGCCGUGAAAGAACAAAGUGCCAACCUGUACGCGACCAAGUUAGCCGAGCAGGGGUUUAUUACCGUUUCUAUCGACAUUCCAUUCUGGGGUGCCAGUGAGGGUGAGCCACGCAAUUCGGUGUCACCAGACCUCUAUGCAGAGGCAUUCAGCGCUGCAGUGGAUUAUCUGGGCACCCAGAGCUCCGUUGAUCGAGAGCGAAUUGGUGGACUUGGUAUCUGUGGAAGUGGCUCAUUCGUGAUCAGCGCGGCAAAAUUGGAUCCGCGUCUCAAAGCAAUCGCCACAGUAAGCAUGUAUGAUAUGGGCAGCCUAUCUCGACGUGGGCUACAGCAUUCACAGAGUUUUCAUCAACUCAAAGAAAUGAUCGCCGGCGCGGCCCAACAACGCUGGAUUGAACUUGAUGGGGGCGAGGUUCAGUACACCAGCGGUACCCUGAAUCACCUUACUGCAAAGGCUUCCGCAGUAGAACGUGAAUUCUACGACUAUUAUCGCACCAAACGUGGUGAAUUCACACCUGCUGGGUCUACGCCAGAGCUCACUACACACCCUACACUCUCCACAUUCACCAAGUUUAUAAACUUCUACCCAUUCAAUGGUAUCGAUACGAUAUCACCACGUCCGAUGCUUUUUAUCGCAGGGAACCAGGCACAUUCGCGCGAAUUCAGUGAGAACGCCUAUUCACGAGCUUUUGAGCCGAAGGAAUUAUUCUUGGUUCCAAAUGCUGGCCACGUCGAUCUCUAUGAUCGCACCGAGCUUAUUCCAUUCCAAAAGCUCACCAGCUUCUUCCAAGGAAGCCUUAUUUAA